UGGCUCAGUAUUCAGCAAUAGCAGAGAGUGUGAAAAGUAUGGACUCUAUCAGCUACCUCCGAGUCCACGCAAAGAAACUAAAGUUCCUCAACCUUCACGGGAAUACCAUAAGAACUAUAGCAAAUCUGGAGGAAUGUUACUAUCUUGAAGAACUUGACUUGUCAUCUAAUAAAAUUACCAGUGUUACUGGUCUGGAGGCGUGCGAAUCUCUUCUAAAGCUCAACCUCUCUUGCAACGAAAUAAAGCUAGCGGCUAAUCUGGACUUUCUCUACAAACUGAAACAUUUGAAUCUGUCGUACAACAAAAUAACGCAGGUCAAAACUUUAUCACACUUUUCAGAGAGAAGGUUCCAGUUAGAAGAACUGCAUCUUCACGGCAACAAGUUGAACUCAGUACCUGCAACUAUUGGUGCUCUCAGGAAGAUCCUGACUCUGAAACGUCUGACUCUUCACUCCAACCCUCUCUGUCUCAACACCAACUACAGGAAGGCUUUUGGAGACUGCAUGCCUCAGUUGGAGAGUAUUGAUGAUUUUCCUCGAGUAGAUGAUUCCUUCUCGUCUGAGUCAGUAACUACAGAUAGUACAGUUUCCACCCAGCCUAUCAUUACGCCUCAUAUCAACAAGGCUCUUAAAAACUUCAAACAUGAGGUUUCUUCUGAGGAAUCAUUGGGAACAAUAGAAAACUUUAACAAAAGUGAGGACGAGGACACAGCGAACCAAUCAAGAUAUCAGCAAGGCAGCAGAAAUAAAAGCAAGGAAGCUGAACUACCUGACAAAGAUUACACGGACCUGAUAAAACAAGUACUAACUGCUAUUAGAGAGGAGGAGUUCCCCGUCAAACUAGACAAGAACGCGAGGAAAAUAUCUGAGGAGAUUAAUACGAAUCAGACAAGUGUAGAUGUCACUCCACCGAAAGGGGAGGAAGCUAUAGAGAUUACGGCUGCUCAAAUUAAUGCAGAGUCACUGAAAUCAACAAAUAAACUUUUGCUAACGGAGCUGGAGACAGAAAGGGAAAGACGGUGGAAGAGUGAGAAGCAUAUUGCCGAGCUAUCUGACAAGAUGGUUAAGAAUGAGCACGCGAUACAAGAGUACGAGUGCUUGAACAAGAGCAGCGAGGCUGGCAUUAACGGUAUAAGAGACUUGUUGAUGAAGGAGCAGGGUCAAAAGAUGAAAUUAGCCAAUCUUUUGGAAACAUAUCGAGAAAAACACAAAGACGUUGUCAGCUUAGCACAGAAUAGAGAGGUGCAAUUGAAGAAGCGUGAGGAAGAAAUAGAGCGAUUACACGCUACAAUUGAACAAAUGAACCGUUCCUCAGGGGAUACAGUAAAACAACACAAGCUCUCACUGCAACAGGUGCGACAGGAGGCGCAGGUGCAGCGCAAGGAGUGCGAGCUGCUCCGUCACCAGCUGAAAGAUCACCACGAGGUGACGAGUCUGCAGGGGUUGAUAGUGACCCGGGAGCAGGAUCACGUGAUAGAGAAAGGGAAUCUAGUUCCUCUAAAUGGGGAACUGUUUAACAAGCGUGUUGAUGAGUUGCUGGAGAGGGAGCGUCACACCCACACCCUCAUGAACAAGAACUUGAUAGACUCAGCAAAGAACUGGCAAGAAAAGCACGGGCAGUUGGAGAAGGAGUUCAGAAUAGCCCUCUUCUUGGAGAAUAAGAGAUACGAGCAGUUACAUUCCUCCUUCACUACUAUAUCUGAGGAGUUAUCUACCCGGAGAAGGGAGGUAAACAGACUGAAGAGUGAGGAUAACAAGAAUAUUAGUCUGAUAGAUAAACUGAAAAGUAGUGUAGCUGAACAGAGUGGGGGUAUCGAUAAGCUGAGGAGGGCUAGGAGUGAACUAGAGGAGAAGUGUAAAGUUAGGAUAGCCGCGCUGGAGAGGGAACUCCAGCAAUCUACUGAAAGUGUUGUACAGCUGACCGGAUUCCAAAAAGAAAACAAUUCUUUAAAAACAGAAAACUCCGCUCUCCAGUCUGUGAUAGAAGGACUCCGGGCUGAACGAAACCUCUGGUCAAAAGAGCUUGCCGAGCAGGGUGCACAACUAGCUGUUGACAGGGGAGAUUUACAGAGUGACCUAAAGGGGCUGAGGAGAGAGUUAGUUGAACGCAGUGAACAGUUACAAUCCCUAACUGACACUUCCCGAAUCAAGGAGCUCCAGCUCAACGACGCUAUGGAAACUAUAACGAAACUAAAGCAGACGAUAAUAAGUAAUCAGGGUGAUAAAGAAGAGAUGAGGAAGCUGCAAGAAAUAAUAGAGAGCGUCUCUCAGGAGAGGGAAGACGCAGAGAUAAGAGUUGAAGCUAUAAAGCAGGCUCUGCAUAGCUGUCAGGAGGAAAAGGAGGAAGUGUUACUGAAAUUCCAGGAUGUUACAGAGGAGAGUGAUCGAGUUAGAAGAAAGUACAAAGACUUAAAACAGCAAUGGGAAGACAAGAUAACUGUCUUUGAAACUGUGGAGAAAGCAACAGAGGAGAUGAAGGAGCGCCACACGGAGCAGGAGGGGAGGUGGAGGAGGAGUAUCGAGGAGGAGAAGGAGAAGAUAACAAGGUUAGAGGAGGAGAUCAAAGUGUUGGAGGAUAAACAUGAGCUGGAACUGAAGCGACAGGAGGAAGACGCAGAGAAGAACGCGCAGAGCUCAGUUCUAAGAGAGAAGAGUUACAAAGAAGAAUUAGCGACAUUGGAGCAGGAGAUGAGACUUAUAAUUCAUCAGUCACAGCAAAUGAAGAAGGAAAAUGACGCUAAAUUAUCUAAACUUGCCGGUGCUUUGGGUGAAUUCACAACUUUUCUACAGCCAAAAUAAUCAACUGUCUGAGCAAGAAUAGACUAUUAUAGUUUUAAAACCUUAGAGAUCACAGUCAGGGGGGUGUAGGAAGCAGGGGGGGGGGGCGAUCACACCCCUGAUGACAGUAUUUCUAGUGGUUUGUGUAUAAGAUAAUAUGAGUGUAAGCUAUAAAGAAGAGAAGUUUUCGUUGGAUUGAUAGAAUGGAUACAAUGGAAAAGCCGAUACAAUGGAAAAGCCGAUGAAGCACCCCAUGACUGUUAUAUUGAGUUGACAUUUUUAUUAUGACAAAUUAUUUUUAUCAGAUUAUGUAAAUAUGUAUAUUAUGUGAAUAGAAUGCAAAUAUUGAUAACUUAAAUAAAUUGUUGACAACUUU